GAGACGUCUUGGAAGCGUGAUGUCGUCUGGCACAGCGCGCCACGCGAUUGGAUAAAUCCGUGUGUGCGUGGUGACGCGCAUCGCGGCGGUGCGGGUCCCGAUUGCUGCAGCCGCUUGUCAGUGUGACGAAGAUUGGCACCCAGAAAAUUUGAACUAAGCUAUGAUGAUUUGACUUUACAAGAACCUUCAGUAACCAUGAUGGCAACGCAAACAUUAAGUAUAGACAACUAUCAAGAUGGACAACAACAGAUGCAAGUAGUGACAGAGUUAAAAACUGAGCAAGAUCCAAACUGCUUGGAAGCAGAUGCAGGAGGACUGAGUCCUUCCCCAGUAGAGUCCCAGACUCCGAUGGAUGCAGACAAGCAGGCCAUUUACAGACAUCCACUGUUUCCCUUAUUAGCACUAUUAUUUGAAAAAUGUGAACAAUCUACACAAGGAUCAGAAGGCACAACAUCUGCAAGUUUUGAUGUAGAUAUUGAAAACUUUGUUAGGAAACAAGAGAAGGAAGGAAAACCCUUCUUUUGUGAAGAUCCAGAAACUGAUAAUUUAAUGGUAAAGGCAAUUCAGGUUCUACGAAUUCAUCUGCUUGAGCUAGAAAAAGUUAAUGAGCUGUGUAAGGAUUUCUGUAGUCGCUACAUUGCAUGUCUGAAAACUAAAAUGAACAGUGAAACUCUGCUGAGUGGAGAAUCUGGAAGUCCUUAUUCACCUGUACAACCCCAGUCCAGCAACUUUAAACAUGAUAAAGAUAGCUUGGAUUUGCUGGAGCAGCUGUCUUCAUGGAAAGAGUCACCAGAAAAUCCAAUUCAAAGUGCCAUCACAGGUACACUCAGUCCCCAGGGGAUUGUGGUACCUGCAUCAGCAUUGCAGCAGGGAAAUGUAACUAUGGCAACUGUUGCAGGUGGUACAGUGUAUCAGCCAGUGACUGUGGUCACACCUCAAGGUCAGGUAGUGACACAAGCGUUAUCACCUGGAACCAUCAGGAUCCAGAAUUCACAGCUCCAAUUACAAUUAAACCAAGAUUUAAGCAUCUUGCAUCAAGAUGAUGGGUCAUCAAAAAAUAAAAGAGGAGUUCUUCCAAAGCAUGCUACAAAUGUGAUGAGAUCUUGGCUUUUCCAGCACAUAGGGCAUCCAUAUCCAACAGAGGAUGAGAAAAAACAGAUAGCAGCACAAACAAAUCUGACAUUACUUCAGGUUAACAACUGGUUUAUCAAUGCUAGAAGGCGAAUUCUUCAGCCAAUGUUGGACUCCAGCUGUUCAGAAACUCCAAAAACAAAGAAGAAAACAGCUCAAAACCGACCUGUUCAACGGUUCUGGCCAGACUCCAUUGCAUCAGGAAUGGCUCAGCAUCAAUCAAAUGAACUUACAAUGUCAGAUGGAGCUGUUGUUACAAUUACAGCCCCAGUCAACAUGAAUGUAGACAGUCUCCAAUCUCUUUCAUCUGAUGGUACUACUUUGGCUGUUCAACAAGUCAUGAUGGCAGGACAAAGUGAGGAUGAAUCUGUGGACAGCACUGAAGAUGAUGGAGCAGACCUCUCAACCACAAACAUCAGUGGGCUCGUCUUGGACAACAGUGAUUCUCUGCAGUAGGAAGCACAAGAAUCAGACCUAAAUAUUAGGAAAAACAAAAGACUGACUGACUUUUUAUAGUUUGCACAGCAAACAUUUUACACAAGUUUUGUUUCUAAUAUGUUUUAUAUGUAGAUAUAGAAGAGUGCACUUUUUGUAUUUCAUAGUCAGCUUAAAGAGUGUCUUUGCAGGUGCAGCAACUUCUUUCAAAUGUGUUUUUGGUUUUGAUUUUGAAAUUCUAUUAAUUUAAGAGGGGGAAACAUAAUCACACCAUUAUUUUCUCAGGGUAAUUUUCUCACUCACAAAAUUGAUACCAGAUCCCUCUGAUAAAGGAAGGAGAGUGAUGGGACUGCAGUCAUGGGGAAAACAUGGAUUCCUGGCAGGUAAAUUAAUUUUACAUUAGCAUGGAUUUAAACAUAUUCCCACUGCACAAUUCACCAUCUUAUUCAGUGGUUGCUGUUCUAUAACAUCAUCAAAUCUGCUGCAAUUUUGUGAUAUAUGAAAUUGUCCUAGCGGGAGAAUUUGAAAGUCCUUGAGUCUCCUUGAGAGUUAUGUCAUUUCAAUUAGUCCUGUCAUUUUAAGAUUACUCUUGGUGGUUUAACAAUGUAAAUGUAAAGCAUGUCAACUAGUGUUUGGGAUUUGUUUACGAAGUUAGCCAUGUAGAUUUGAAAGAUGCUUCUGCACCUUAAAAAACAACUGCCAGUCUGAAGUGGGCAACAAAACACAUAAACGAAAGUGGAGAUGUGUGAUUCAGUAACGAAUGUAUGGCAUUUAAAAUGAACUUAAUUUCUCAUAGAGUUGUUUAGUGGAAACCCUAGAUUCCCCCGGUACCUUUAAAAUUUGCCAUUGACACAGUUGCUGUUUAUCAUUUUAUUUCACCUGCCCUGUGACACACUGGGAUCCUACUUAAACAAGUGGAUUUGGAGUGGUGGGGAGGCCAACAAAAAGACUGGAACGAGCAAAAGAAGCCACGAGUGUUCAAUUUCAGUAGUCAAUUUAAAGGUGCAAGGGGAAUUUCUGGAUUGCAACUUAGCAGCCCUACUCAUAGCUAGUGAGUCUGUUCAUAAUUUGCUAUAAAACACUUAUUUUUACCUUAUCAGGUUAUUGGAUUAAAAUAUUUUUAUAAAUUCUCUAAGAAUCGGGAUGGUGACUGUAUUGAGCAUGAGAAAAAAUGUUUAGUACUCCUAUUUGGAAGGUUAUGAAAACAGUCCAAAUUGAAUAAACAUGCCUAUGUUA